UCCCGUAAGAGCAGUAUGUAAACCUCAACAGCUCCUCAUCAUCCUUCUAAAGUUUCCAAGUUGGUUCUAUCCAAGCUUCGUCUUCUUGCCGUCGUUGUUCGUUCCGGCGUUGCAUCGCCAUUGCAUCAUCAGGCACUUGCAUUGGAAGAAGAGGCUCUACAUUGGAAGAAGAGACAUGUGGAGGCUGAAGGUGGCGGAGGGCGGCGGGCCAUGGCUGCGGUCAACGAACAACUUCCUGGGCCGGGCGGUGUGGGAGUUCGACCCCGACGGCGGCACGCCGGAAGAGCGCGCCGAGGUGGAGAGGCUCCGCCGGGAGUUCACCGAACACCGCUUCCAGCGGAGGUACUCUGCCGACCUCCUCAUGCGCAUGCAGGCCGCACGUGCUGCACAUCGACCCCCUCGACGUAGCCUUCCACUGCCACACAUCAAGCUCGGAGAGGACGAGCAGGUCACCGAAGAGGUCGCGGCGAACUCGCUGAGGCGAGCGCUGGACCAGUUCUCCUCGCUGCAGUCGAGUGAUGGGCACUGGCCGGGUGAUUUCGCAGGGAUCUCCAUAGUCGUCCCUACCAUGAUAAUUGCUUUGUACGUCACUCGAUCACUCAAUGCUGUGAUAUCAACGGAACAUCGUCGGGAGAUGUGCCGCUACAUCUAUAACCAUCAGAACGAAGACAGUGGAUGGGGCACGGAUAUCCGGGGCUCAAGCAACAUGUUUGGUACAUGCAUGAACUACAUCACUCUAAGACUUCUCGGUGAGGAGCCGAAUGACAAGAACAAUGCAUUGGCGAAAGGGCGUGCUUGGAUUCUAUCCCAUGGUGGUGCAGCUUCACUGCCCCAAUGGGGAAAGAUAUGGUGCUCGAUACUUGGAGUGUAUGAUUGGUCCGGAUGUAAUCCAUUUUUUCCUGAACUAUGGUUGAUGCCCCGGUUUCUUCCAUUUUAUCCAGGGAAGCUUUGGUGCUUAUGCCGUAUGUUUUUUCUGUCGGUAGCUUAUAUCUAUGGCAAGAGAUUUGUUGGACCAAUUACACCAACCAUACUGGCAUUAAGAGAGGAGAUCUAUAACACACCGUAUGACAAGAUUGAUUGGACCGAGGCCCGUUGUGCAUGUGCAAAGGAGGACCUCCUCACACCACGCACACGUUUGCAAAAUGUUAUUUGGGCUUCACUCUACAAGUUUGUGGAACCAGUGAUGAGCAGUUGGCCUGUCAAUAAGCUGAGGGAGAAAGCUCUGAAAUACCUCAUGGAGCAUAUCCAUUAUGAAGAUGAGAGCUCACAAUACAUCUGCUUAACCACUGGAAGCAAGCCUCUAAACAUGAUCUGCUGCUGGGUAGAAGAUCCAAACUCAGAUGCAUUCAAGCGUCACCUUGCAAGGAUACCUGAUCUAUUGUGGCUUUCAGAAGAUGGCAUGAAAGGACUGGGAGUUGAUGGCUGCCAGAGCUGGGAGACAGCAUUCGCUAUUCAAGCAAUUUGCGCUACAGAUCUUGUAAACGAGUAUAGUCCAACCAUUAAGAGGGCCUAUGAGUUCAUGAAACAUUCACAGGUUACGAGGAAUCAUCCGGGUGACCAAACUUAUUGGCAUCGCCAUAGAUCGAAGGGUUCUUGGACUUUUUCAUCUGCAGACAACGGAUGGGCUGUAUCUGACACGACAGCGGAAGCACUUGAGGCUGUCCUUUUGUUGUCAAAGAUCUCAAGUGACAUUGCUGGGGAACCAAUACAAAGUGAAAAGUUGCAUGAUGCUGUUGAUUUCCUUCUUUCCCUCAUUAACAAAGAUGGUAGUUUUUCUACAUAUGAACCCCAAAGAACUUCUUCUUGGGUAGAGAUUCUCGGUCCUUGUGAGAAUUUUCCAAAUAGUGUCGUCGAUUAUCCAUACCCAGAAUGCACUGGAUCAGUUCUUCAAGCUCUGGUAUUGUUCAAAAAACUACAUCCUGAUUACCGAACAAAAGAGAUAGAAAAUUGUAUCGGAAAUGCAGCAAGAUUUAUUGAGAACAGACAAAAUGAAGAUGGUUCAUGGUUGGGAACUUGGGGUGUAUGUUUCACCUAUGGGAUCUACUUUUCAAUUAAAGGAUUAAUUGCUGCUGGAAGAACGUAUGAGAAUAACCCUUCCAUCAGAAAUGCAUGCCAGUUCCUAUUGUCAAAGCAGCUCAGUACCGGUGGAUGGGGAGAAAGCCAUGUCUCUAUGAUAACUCAGGUUUACCAAAAUAUUCAAGGUGAUUGUGCUAAUGCAGUGAAUACUGCUUGGGCAAUGUUGGCUUUAAUUUAUGCUGGACAGUUUGAGAGAGAUCCUACUCCACUGCAUCGUGCUGCAAAAGAAUUGAUUAAUAUGCAGUUGGAAACUGGAGAGUUUCCCCAACAAGAACAUGUUGGAUGCUUCAAUUGCGCUUGUAUCUUCAACUAUCCCAACUACCGCAACGUAUUCCCCAUUUGGGCCCUUGGCGAGUAUCGCCGAUGUAUUGCGAAGAGAGAUAAGUCCAUGUAACUAUAUGCAAGGAGCAUAGCAUGGUGACAAGCAAACAAGUGGAUGGCAGAAUGAUUAUGAUUGUAUCACAGCAUCAAACCACACUACAAAAUAAUAUAGGACUAAAUAAAUUUAAAUCAUUAUAUCUCCAAUAAAUUGGAAAUUCAAAGUUAUCUUGAUGUUUGUGUAUUGGCAUACGUAUCAAUCUCCUUCUGGGGUACAUUAAGCAGUAGCACAAGUUGAAUUUCAUAAACAAUGCUGUGACAGAUAAUAAUAAUAGUAAAAAAAUAUUAUCCUUGUAAAGCUCUCAUUGGUGAUAUGAUGUGGAUGCUUAUGUUAAAGGAUGUUGAGCUAUCAGCUGAGACCAUCCAUGCUUGUGCCUUUGCUGCAAACGUGCGGUGAAGAGUUUGCAUGUGUCUCUACUCCUGGUGCUGUUGUUCUACAUUACUUAAUCUGAAUGUUGCAAUCGUCCUCAUUCUAAGUCGGUCCUUUUGUAUACAGAUCUUUAGUAACAUCGGUGCAGGUUAUGGUGUGAUCUUAAGUGCCAAGUGUAUAAGCAAGGAAAGAAUUUCCAGGAAGCUAGUGACCAAUUACGUUUCUCUGCAUCAAGAUGUCCCAAGAAAUAGUGCAUGUAAAUUAUAGAUAAAUUAGUAUGGUUCAAGCUACAAAUCGAAGCAAGUGUUCCUUGGAGGAGAUAUCAUUC